AUGCAGUCGAACAAACGUUCGGGUUUUGCUCCGGAAAUUCUUUGGUUCGGUACGAAAACUCCCACGAAUUUCAGGUCAACGCCCGACUACGAACAGAAGACAAUCAUUGCGGUUCGAGCACAGCAAUAUUCUAUCGAGAAACGAGUGGAGCAGGCAUCAUCAUUGCUUGAAUCUCCCGAGAGUGCCUCGCAAAGCCCACGUGGACGGAAUUCGUCGUCGUCAAGUUACGAGCGGGCAAAUAAGAUCAAUCCAGGCUUGCGUGUUAUUAAAGAACUCCAAGUGAUCAGGCAGGAACCCCCUGGAUCGCGGAGAAAGAUACCAUCGGAAGCCAACCAGGCAGAAGACAUACAUGAUCAAGAUGAUGAUCAAGGACUUCUCUACGCAAAGGCCACCAAGAGGCGUCUCCGGCCACAACAUCGUACGCGAUUGACCAGAGCCAGUGGGAUUUUGUCCGCCAGGAAGGUUAGCUCGUUGUCAGUACUUCUUCAGGGAGGCAACAGCGACCCAUUUUCUGCGACGCCUAUUCCCCUAUCCGCUUUGAGGCAUAGUGUGAUAACAACAAUUCAACCAGUAUCUCUGAAGACGAUAUGGGCAGAUGAAGUGGCGACUCCCAAUGCCGCUAGAUUUCUAGUGCCUGCGCAAAACAGAGUCUACAAAUCGUACAUGAGCCACGAAGCGGUAAUGCAUGCCCUCCUUGCGUACUGCUGGUCGGCCAUUGCGCGUCUGCAACCUCACAAAAAAGCAUUAUAUCACGAUUAUGCGCUUGAGCAUGAAACCCGGUCAAUUCAUGCAUUGCAGCCACUUGUAGUGUCGGAUUCACAUGCAGACGACAAUCUUGAGGUCGCAGUGCAGACCGUCCUGUUGUUGUGCUCCGCGGCGAUGUACCGGUCCCGCCUCGACGCACUCUUUUUACACCUAAAUGGGCUGAAGCAGAUGAUAAUGUCAGUGGGAGGGGUCGGAGGGCUUUCUUGGAUCAUGAAAGAGAUCAUUGUCUAUCUUGCUGUUAGGGUGGCUGCGGCUACGGGUACGCGCAGCUUUCUUGAUUCUUCGACCUGGGACCCUGCAUGGCCGUGGGAGGAUACGGUUCCUCAGCGCACGGCCGACUUGGUGGCUGGUCCAAAAAGAUCAAGCCAGUUGGACACGGAUCCCAAUACAUGGUGCUCAGCUUCUCCGAGCGCGAAUGACUUUCCCGGCAUCUUCAAGGCUCUGCGUGAACUGGUGGAGGUCGAAAAUCUUAAAAAGACAAUGGCUGUUGACGACCCGGGCCAACUUAACGGGCUGUUCCGCUGGUCUUAUCUUCGGCGACAAGCCGUCAGAGCUCGGAUCAUGGACUACUGGUGUAAUCUAACAGAACAGACGAAUGCUGUCGACCCCUGCCAGGCUAUUUCAACACCGACGGCUGUUCAUCAUGCGUCUGUUGGCAUGUGUCUUUGUCUAGCACUGCAUCUGGUCAUGGCUUUCGGUCUAGAAGCCUUACUCCUGGCGCAAUCUUGGGUCUCCACGAUACAGGUUUGGCAUAUUAUGCUCCUCAGAUGCGUGCUCAAGCUUGAAUUUGAGAGUGACAAGAUCGACGAGUCCCAUCCGAGUGCGUUGGACCUGUUGUGGGUCUACGGGAUAGGGGCCUAUGUGGAGCAGCUAUCUGUGACCCAUGUCCUUCGAAAGAAGUCCAACGCUUGGAUCCUCUAUACUUCGGAGCAGGUGGAUAUUCAAUGGUUUUCUGUUAGAUUCGGAAAUCUGGCUCGAAGGCUUGGCUACAGACAAUAUGAAGACGUAGCUAUGCUCUUCAGCGAACGCUAUGUCCAUAUAUCUUCGCUUCAGGACCCCGUGCUGGGCAAGAUAUUCGAGUUAGGCUGUUGA